AUGCAUUGCUGCCAAGCAGCAUCCAGGUUUAAAAUUGUUCAUCCCUCUCUUGAGAACAGUCUGGAAAAAGAGGAAAGUAUAGAAUGGAAAGCCUUGAGGAAGAAAUAUUACAUAAAAAACUUCUAUGAGUUUAGCUGCUGUAAAUCUCCUAGCUCUCAUUGCAAAAGCAUGCCUUCUAGGCUUGUGGGACCAAAUUUGAAAGAUAAUGAAGUACUAAAGAGGGGUUCUGUAUAUCAAAGCUCUAGAGAGAUAAGAAGAAUGAGACAGUUAAAAGAGGAGAGAAGGAAGGUAAAACUCACUCAUAGUGAUAAAGGUUUUAUAUCCAUUGAGAUUACUGAUUCCUUGUCUUAUAUUUUCCGGAAUGAAGCUGGUAAGUGUCAGCAGGAAAAGAUAUCAUCAUAUGCUUCUCUAAAUUCAAAGGUUAGAUCAGCACCUACUAAUAUAAGCCUCCCAAUUCAGACAAGGUCUAUUGAACCUGCUGAUGUACCUUUGUUACUCGAAGAGCACUCAAAAUUCAAAAGUUUAUACCAAAGUUUUACCUUAGCAAAAAAUAGUUCAGCAUUCCCUUCUGCAAAUGCAGCUUUUGAGCAUGGAAGAGAAUUAGCUCAAAAGCCAAACUUAAAAUGCAAUCAAAUGCUUGGUACUGAGAAUGGCGGUGAAGCCCUUUACGAGCAAGAUAUGGUAGACACCUUGACCAAGUCAUUUUCAGCAAAGGUGGGAAUAUCUUAUCCACCUUGUCAGUUAGAAAGAGACCCAUUCAGUCUCAGCACAAAAACUUGGCUUAGCCCAAUCAAGAAGAUGUUGAAUCCUAUCAUGAAAUCCAAAUCUCAGCGAAAUCCACCACUUAUGGAAAGAGAAGAUACUGGUGUCAGAACAUUUGAUUCUGCUAGCGUCAGGAGAAAUAGUAUGUACUGCAAGUUUUUGUCCAAUGAUUUUCUGAAGGCAACAGAGAAGUUGGAACCAAUUGGGAGAGUGAUUAAGAGAGACCAAGGAUCGGUUUCAAGUUCUUCACCAGCUCAUGUACAGGGUACUCUUAGAUUGCAUUAUAAGCAUGGUAUUCCAUAUUCUGAAUUCUCAACGGAAGUCCGAGAAGAUGUUCUUUCUGCAAAGGCAUGGAGAACGGAUAAUGCAAUUAAUUGGGUUUACACCUUCUAUAGUCGUAAAAAGAGAGGUAAUAACAUUGGGUCCGGGAAAAAGGUCAAGAAGGCACAGUCAUUUCAGAUGAUUGGCCAGAUGCAAGUUUCUAGUUAUUUGUGCUUGGAAACGAGUUGCAAUGUCACUUCCAAUCAAUCUAUUGUGACAGAGUUUACUUUAUAUGACAUUGCCCAGGCAAGGAGGAGUUUUGCAGUCAAAGAAAGAUCUCAGUGCUCUUCAGAUUCCAUUCAACCUGUGGACAUUAGUGCUGGUGACUUGGUUAUAGGUAGUCCUUUAGAGGCCAAAUGUUCAAAAGAGCCAGCAAAUUGCCAAUAUCCUGUUAGUGUUAGACAUGCUUUGAGUGAGGGUGACUAUGAUGCUUCAUCUUUUUACCCCUGGGAACCUGCAGACUUGCAUUCACACCUUGAAAUUGCAGCUAUUGUAAUUCAGAUCCCCUCAAAUCAAAAGGAGAGCACCAAGAAUGUGGAAAUGAAUGCUAACAUCACAAGAGAACACCUGAACUUAUCAAGUGUUUCAACCAUUGAUCAAAUAAGAGGAACCAUAUCCAGCAACUGGAUUCCUGCAAAUGUGAAGGUGGUCACCCCAAGCGGCACACAUGGCUUGGCAGCCACUGAAAAUGGUGGCCCUUCAUCAUUACUUGAUAGAUGGAGAUCUGGUGGAGGCUGUGACUGUGGCGGCUGGGACAUGGCCUGUCCAAUUUUCAUUUUUGGCAAUUCAAGUGGUGUUGUGGCUGAUUGUCCAACCAUGGGAAGUCAACCUCCUGUUGCAUUAUUUUUUCAGGGAAUAAAAGAAAAGACUUCUGCAUUGUCUAUUAGCCCUGAUGAGGGAGGGCUCUAUUCAGUCCAUUUUCAUGCACAAUUGUCUAGUUUACAGGCAUUCUCAAUUUGCAUUGCUAUAUUGCACAGUUCAGAAACUUCUCCACUGGUUGAUCAGCAGAGCAGGCAGAGGUUACAUUCUGAUUUGCUGAGGUUGCCACCCAGGGAGGAACUGAGACACAAAGGCAGUAAAAAACCAAAGAGAAAUGAACCACAAAGAAGAGAGUCAAAUAGGUCCAUCGUUGUUAGUUCCUAACCUGCACUUCUGUUCCAGAGAAAGAGUACAUAUGGUGAGAGUGCGAACAACACGAUCGAACCGAAUGCCGGGAAGGCGGAUCUAGAGCCACACCAACUUCCCAAAAUCUGCACAGAAGCCUUGUGGCUGUACCCUGCCUUCGAAUCCUUUGGAUGGUCUACCUGGCUUGGACACAGGUGACAGGUACUGCCGGCCGGCGCAUGUGUUAAGACUCGAGUAGAUGCAUGUUAGCAUGGCUUGUCUAAAAUGAGAGACAUUAGCAAGAUAAGCUCUGGCAUGGUCCCAUGUUGUUUGGCACAAUUUUGGCCUAGCAAUUGAAGAAGUUUGGCAAAGUUUUGGCCAACUAUACAGCUUAGCUUACAGUCUUGGGGAGGAUUGCUCAUAAAAUUAAGUUACCAUGUAGAUUUUAAUAAUGAAGGCAACUUGGUCCAUAUUGCUUAUUAUCUAGGAAGAGCCAUGUAUCUUGAUUUCGCCGAUUAAUAAUUGUUG